AUGUCGCAAGCCCAUUACGCCGAGGGCAGGGCUGUUUUGCGGCGAGAUGUGCCGUUAGAAGAGCUAGGAGCUCCGCAAUUUUCGCAUCUAGAAUUUACCUUCCCGCUCAGGCUUUUAGCACCGAGAGGCGCCUCUGAAGAUGCUACCGUGAAUGCUGCUAAGCACGAUACCACAUCUCCCGUGAAAAAGUGUGUUGGUAUUUUGUUCAUGGUCAGCUUUGGCGGUGGGCUCGUAAGUGGUGACUUUGUUCGUCUGAAUGUAGAUGUGGGAGAAUAUACACGACUGCUCAUGUUGACUCAGGGCAGCACGAAAGUGUAUAAAGAGCGGCGCGGAGGAGAUUUGCCGCAACAAGUGCUGCAUGUUAGCGGCCCCAAGGAAGUGUCGCGGCAGUGCAUACAUUAUACCGUGCGCGAAAAUGCCACACUGGUACUUCUUCCGGCGCCUGUUACGUGUUUUGCACGGUCACGAUAUGCUCAGGUCCAGCGAUUUGACUUGAUGAGCAGUGCGACCUCUUCCCUUGUCCUGCUGGAUUGGUUUACGUCAGGGCGUCUGGCUGUUGACCAUGAACGCGUCCCAGAGUUCUGGCACUUUUACUUAUACCACAGCCGUAAUGAAGUGAGCAUCGAUGGACAUGUCAUUGCGCGCGACCGACAGCACCUAGCACAGGAGCUGCCGGAGACGUUGAGUGAAACGACAGACUUGGCCCGGCGGUGUGAGCCCUAUACGUGUUUUGCCAACGUCCUUCUCUACGGGCCAGAGUGUACCGCACUGUGUGCGGCCCUCACUAAAGAGUACAGUCAAAUACAACAGCCACAGCCAUUUUUGCGAUCGAGCGGAUCUCGUGGCCAAGUAACGCCGCCCGAUGUGGUAUGGAGUCUGAGUCCGCUCUGCUCCGGAGCGCCUGUCCCUGGAUGUGACUACAGGGCAGACACGUUUUCUGACAAGGGCCUGGUAGUGCGGAUCGCGGGCACCAAGACAGACAUAGUGCGUGUCUGGUUGUACGAGCAUUUGCAACUGGUGCGGCACAUGAUUGGGGCGGAUAUGUAUCGAGUGGCAUUGGGUUGA